AUGAAGGAAUUAUGGAAUGCAUUUGAAAGCAAACUUAAACUUUAAUAAAAACCAAAUUUUCUUUAAGUUGUUAAAAAUAGAAAUGAAUAGUGUAUUUUAGAGAUGGUAUAAAUAAAUUAUUAUAUAUUAGAUAGUAAGUCUUAUAUAAGCAUUAAUUAACUCUUCAUAUUCAAGUGAAUUGGUAACUCCAAUGAUGUAAUUGGAUUAAGAAACUUAAAUGAUUCUAUUAAAAUUAAUUUAAGAAGAAUAAUCUUAAAUUUCAUUGGAUCAAGAAUCUAAGAUAUCUGAUGAAGUAUUAAGAAAAUUUGAGGAAUUAGAAUAUGAAAAUUAGAAAUUGAAUUAAGAAUUAAUACUUUUUAAAGAAUAAUAUGAAAUGGAGAAAAAAAAGAUGCAAGAAGAUAUUGAAAUUGUUCAAGCAGAUUUAGAAUUAAGAUAGAAAACAAUAAAUUCUUUAAAUGAUGAUUUAAAUCAAAUUUAUGAAGUUACAUAAACAAAUUCUGUUAAUGAGGUUUGUGAGUAUAUUCAUAAUAGAAUUGAUGAUAUAAAAGGAAUGUAAUUAAUUAUAGAAACUUUAAAACAUGAUUAAUAAUAAGAAAAAGAUGUUCAUGAAGAGAUAGUAAGAGAUUUAAGGAGUAAAUUGGAAGCAGGAUAUAGAAAAUAUACAUAAAUGUAAAAAUUAGAAAAAUAUUGUGAAUAACUUAAAACUUAAUUAUCUGAUUCUCUUUAAGAAUAAAAUAAAAAUAAGGAAAACUUAAAAUAAAAUUCAAAAUUAAAGGAAGAAAAUAUUGAAUUAACUAAUAAAGUUACUUAACUAUAAUCAAAAUUAGAUUAACAAAAGUAGUUACAAAAAUAAAAUUAAAAAAUAUCAAGCUAAUAGGAAUUCGAUAUUUCCAAAGCUAGAUCAGAGAAUGAAUCUUUAAGUAGAUAAUUGAAAUUAAGAGAAUAAGAAAUAUUUAGAUUAAAAUAAGAAAUUAUAGAUUUAGAACACAAUAUUCAUAAUAAAACAGAAUAAUCCUAAUUAGAAAAUAGUUCUGUUAUGUUGCAUUCCUUAAAUGAUGGGGAAGAAAGAAGAAACUUCAGUGGAAUAUUCACUCCAAAAAGAAAUCUAGGUUUAGAAUUGUCUUAAUUAAUAACAAAAUCUAAUUAUUUAAUAGAAGGAGAUCAAAAAUUGAAAUUAGAUGUACACACAUAAACUGAUGAAAAAUAUGAGUGUUAUAAUUUUAUUAAAAAAUAAGAUACAAGUUUUGAUGAAGAAAUAUUGUCAUCUUAAUUAUCUUUCUGGAAAACAUAAUGUUCUGACUUAUUAGCAGAGAGAGCAUUAUAUGAAGAGAAAUAAAACUAAUUACAAAAAGAAAUGAAGGAAUUAUAAAUUAAAUUAGAAUAAUUUUUUAUUGAAUAACAUAAAUAUGAAUAAGAAUUAUUAGAGGCAAAAGAUAAAGUACUGAAUUUAAUUGAAGUAAUAUAUUAUUAUAUUUAUUUUAGGAUAAUAAUGUAAUUAGAAGUUAAUUUGAGUAAUCAGUAUAAAAAAUAGCAAUUUAAGAUAAAUAAUUAGUGGAAUUUCCAUAAAUUAAAGAAUAAUUGGAAGAAACAUUACAAAAGUUACAAAAAACUGAAGAAUAACUUAGAAUUAAGAAGAAAAAGAAGGUACCAAUAAGUUAAUCAUCAUUAAUGAAUAAAUAAUUAGAAAUCACUAAGAGAACUUAUGAAGAACUUCUUUAGAUUAAGCAGGAAGAAUUAUAAUUGUUGGCUGCAUCAAUAUAAGACUUAAUCAUUAAUUAUAAUGUUUCCUAAAUCUUGUGAUGAAUUAUAUCAAUGUUGUCUAUUCAAAAAAUUGUUCCUUGGUUCAUCUACUCGUUAUUUCUAUGUCUUUCCUGACCACGUGAUUGCAAAUAAAGUAUAAAUCAGAAAAAUUUAUACUUAUAGGAUUCCAAUAAAAAAAAAGCUGAUCGGAUAUUUUCUAACACUAAUACAAAACGAUUAAUUUGGAGAUAUACAAAUGAUAUACCUUCUAAAUUGAAGGGAUUGAUAUUUGAUUGUGGGGAAUUGUAAUUUGAAUAUUUUGGAUAAGAUGAAACACUUCGUGGAUUAAAAUAAAAUGUUUCUAAACUCUUCUUUUACGCAAAAGUUUAAGAAGAAUAUAUCGCUUAGCAAGUGAUUGGACAAGGAAAUUAUGCAUUAGUAUAUCACAGUUGAUAGUUAAAUUAGAUUCUUGAAUUACAGCAUUUACAUUCAAAUUAAAGAUUUGCAACCAAGUGCAUUGACCAAAAUAAAGUGAAGACUAUAGAAUUAGGAGAAGUAAUUAAAAAGUGUUAUAUUAAGUAAUCAGUCAUUAAUGAAAUAAAAAUAAUGAGAAUAUUAAGUCCACACAAAUCACUAAUAAAUCUCAUUGAAGUAUAUGAAGGAGACAAUAAUAUAUACCUGAUUAUGGAUCUAGCUUAAGGUGGAAGUUUAUUUAAGGAAAUGAAAAAUAGGAUUAAUCUUUAUAAUAGAGUAGAAAUUCAGAAAGUAAAUAAUUUAUAAUUAUAAAAGAUAAUGUAUUAAAUUUUAUCAGGAUUACAUUAUAUACAUUCUAAACGAAUUAUGCAUAGAGAUUUAAAACCAGAGAAUAUUUUAUUUAAAGAAAAAGGGAAUCUAAAUUCUUUAGCAAUAGCAGAUUUUGGUCUUUCAGUAGAAGUUGAUGCUUUUCCUUAUUUAUAUCCAAAAUGUGGCACACCAGGAUUUGUUGCUCCUGAAAUUGCAAAUAUGAUUGAUAAAACUUAGUCAUACACACCUGCUUGCGAUAUAUUUUCAGCAGGAGUUAUAUUUCAUAUUUUAUUGUUGGGAUAAGGUUUAUUUAUAGGAAAUGAUUAUUAAGAGAUUUUAAAAAUGAAUAAAGAAUUUUAGGUUGAUUUUUCAAAACCAAAAUAUCAACAAUUAGACUAUUAUGCUAAAGAUUUAUUGUAAAAAUAUUGAUAUUAAAUAUAGAUUAAAUAUGAUAGCCCAUAAUUUUUAAUAACGUUUUACUUCUAUUUAAUGUCUAUAACAUCCAUUCUUUUAAAAUAAUGAAUAAUAACAAUCAUAAUAGAAAAUAGCUUAAUUCAAUACUUUCUAAAUUGAAGAAAGUCCCAAUAAAGAUUCCUUUAACCAAUAUCUUUAAAAUUACAAUAGUCCUAAUUAAUAAUUAUUACGUUAAGAGAGCAAGAAGUUAUCUAUCGUUACUCGAACUCCUCUAUAUGGUCCAAAAGUUGGUUGUACUUUAAUACAGAAUCAAAAUGAAAUUUUGGAAGAACUUAGUCCAUUAACCCAUUUUUCUUUGGAUUAAGAGGAAUAAAGUGGUUAAGAAAAAGAUGAUCACUAAAUUGCUUUUACUAAAUGA